AUGAAGUUUCUCUACCUUGUUUUUACCUUAUUCUUGAUUGCUCUUGUUCAUGCUGCUCCUUCUAGUAAAGAGAGCCAUGAUGACUUUGAUAUCAUCUUUUAUGGCAAACCAUAUUAUCAAGACCAAGUUGGUGAAAUCCAUGGCAGUGUUUCUCCUGGUGGAGGUGCAGGUAGCAAGCGUGGUAACAUGACGGUUGCUUCUUAUGAAACUCAAAAAUGGCUGGAAGUAACCUUGUACGAUGACUACUACUACAAAGGCAAGAGUGUCACCUUCUUGGGCCCUCGAAAGAACAUCAAGCCUCCUUUCCAUGUUCGUAGUGUCAAAUGGAAGAGUUUGAAGAACAAUUUGCCUAAAUAA